UUGAAGUUUUUCUGGUGUAUCCGGCUAUCCGCCAUUAACAUCUCUCUUCGUUCACUCACCGAGAACCAUCUUUCUCCACUCACCAGUGACCAGCAUAAACCCCAUGAGCGUUGGCUUCAGCAAAUUCCGCACUAGUUCAAGAUGGGCGCAGAGGCACAAAUUCACCGAAGCUUAAUCAACAAAAUCUACGCUCCACUCUCCAUCGAGUUCCCUUUCGCAUCGCCAAUCCCUUCUUUACGAACAAAUGAACUCGAACUCGUUCGAGGCGUUUUGCGAAUGCUGCAAGGGUUUUCUGGUUCCCUUUUCUGUUGGGAUCACACUGCACAUGCUUUUCAUGCCAAGAGCGGAAUCUUCGUUACGCAUCUCUCCCUCAAGAGCCUCAAUUCCCUUCUCAGUCAAUUCAUCCACGCUGCUUCGUGUCUCCAAUUGGUUCAGAUUACGCUCAGUAAGGUUGAAUCUGCUCCGCCCAAAGCUCCUCCCACUUUGAUGGCGUUUUCCUCCUCCGCUUCCGCAUGGCUUAAGCGGUUACGGGAUAUUGCAUUGAAGGAGGAAAUGAACAUGAACAUGAACAAUGCAGAUGGUCUAAUCACUCCCACGUUGUUAGGAUUGGCGAAUUCUUUAUCAAGUCUUUGCUCAGGUGCUGAGUUCCUGUUGCGAAUAGUCAGUGAGGCCAUUCCCGCGCUGUAUUUUGAGUUUGGGGUGUCUGUGCCGGCAGCAGAACUGGCUGUUCACGUGCUUGACUAUCUUCAUAAGAAGCUUGAUGAAAUGUGUCUUGUGCAAGGUGGUGAGGAGGAAGCUUAUCAGAUGGUGCUUUAUAUGUACAUGGGAAGCUUAUUGCCAUAUAUUGAGGGUCUGGAUUCCUGGCUUUUUGAAGGAAUACUUGAUGAUCCUUCUGAUGAGAUGUUCUUUUUUGCCAAUAAUGAAGUUUCAGUUGAUGAGGCUGAGUUCUGGGAGAAGAGUUAUUUAUUAAGAAUGCUACAACAUAGUAAGUUAGUUGCUGAGUUCUCCACAAAUUAUGUUGGUGAUUCUGUGCCAGCAUCGAAUGACAGAAAGGAAAUGGGAAGGAGGGAAUCCAUCUCUUUAUCUAGUACAAUUAAAGGAAAAGAGCAGAGCAUUAGAGACCGUCCAGCUUGUCCUUUUUUUAUCAAGGAUUUAGCUAAGUCAAUAGUUUCUGCUGGAAAAUCUUUGCAACUGAUGCGCCACAUCCCUAGUUCCUUACCAGUACGGAGCAAAGGAAGUAAUUGUGAGAUUGGAAAUACCAGAUACGUAAACUAUGGUUUGUUUCCUUCUCAGAGAAUGGCUGGGCUUACACUGUCGGAAAUUUUUUCUGUAUCACUAGCUGGACUUAUUGGUCACGGUGACCAUGUCUGUAAAUACUUAUGGCAAGAUGACGGGGAUGAAUCUGUAUCUGUUUCUUCCUUUAUAUCUCACAUAAAUGAGGAAAAAACAAGUAAUGACAAUAUUGAAAAUUUAACUGCUCCAUCAUACUUGGAGAAGAUCUGGUAUAAGUUCUUGACUGAUACAUUACUUGAGAAAAGAUCAUCUGAUUUGAAACUAAAAUAUGAAGACACAAAAAAUGACACAAGAGACCAGGGAGGGGUUAGAGUUGUUAAAGAUGAAUUGCUUCUCUUGAGAUCAUGCUUAGAAAAUCCAGUAAUUACCGUGUGUCAAACAAAUCUUGGAAAGAAGAAUAGAGAUGCUCUGGAAGCGUUGAAUUUAUCUAAAAAUUUCUGUUUGCCUUCUUUAAAUGAUGAGGAUUUAAGAAAGGCUAUAUAUGGUAAAGAAAGUACAUCAUUUUCUGAUACUGAAGGAACAAACUAUACUUUUGGUUUUCAGUAUGGUGAAUCUGAGUACAUUUGCUCUCAGGAUGAGAGAAAGCUGUUAGAAAUGUUGUUUCCUUUUCCUACCAUUUUGCCUUCGUUUCAGGAUGAUGUUCCUGUGUCAGAGCUCUUGCCUUUCCAGAGAAACAGCACUCUUCCUUCCCGCGUUCUUCGCUGGAUGCAAAAUGUUGACCUAAGAACUACCCCACUUCCUCUGGUUAUUAUGCAGUACUGUCUAACCAUCUAUAUUCAGAAACAGGUGGAUUAUAUUGGAGCGAAUAUGUUGUUAAAGUUGAUGAAUGAUUGGAGGUUGAUGGAAGAGCUUGCAGUGUUGCGUGCUAUAUACUUGCUUGGUUCAGGUGAUUUGCUACAACACUUUUUGACAGUAAUUUUCAAUAAGUUAGAUAAGGGUGAAGCAUGGGACGAUGACUUUGAAUUAAACACAAUAUUACAGGAAUCAAUCAGAAAUUCUGCUGAUUGUAUGCUGUUAAGUGCUCCAGAUUCAUUGGUAGUGUCCAUAACAAAAAAUCUUGCUGACAGUGUUGAGGAAGCUAGCACAGCCGGCAUUGGUUUGAGUUCUCCUCACAAAAGUCAUGUCAAUAGUUUUGGAAUUAAUGGCCUUGAUAUGCUCAAAUUCACAUAUAAGGUGCCUUGGCCUCUUGAGCUCAUUGCAAACACAGAGGCAAUUAAGAAGUACAAUCAGGUGAUGCGGUUCUUGUUGAAGGUCAAGCGUGCAAAAUUUGUUUUAGAUAAAGUGCGGAGAUGGAUGUGGAAGGGCAGGGGAUCUACAGCAGAUAACAGAAAAUAUCAUUGGCUAGUGGAGCAGAAACUCCUUCAUUUUGUGGAUGCUUUUCACCAAUAUGUGAUGGAUCGGGUAUAUCACAGUGCAUGGCGUGAACUAUGUGAAGGUAUGACUAUGGCUAAAUCACUGGAUGAAGUCAUUGAAGUCCAUGGGGCUUACAUUUUAUCAAUUCAACGGCAGUGUUUUGUGGUUCCUGAUAAGCUGGGGGCUCUGAUUGCCAGCCGAAUUAACAGCAUCCUUGGCUUAGCUUUAGACUUUUAUAACAUACAACAGACACUGAGUAGCGGUGGAGCUGUAUCUGCAAUCAAGGCAAGGUGUGAGAUGGAAGUGGACCGGAUAGAGAAACAGUUUGAUGAUUGCAUUGCUUUCUUACUAAGGGUCUUAUCUUUCAAACUAAAUGUGGGUCAUUUCCCUCAUUUGGCUGAUUUGGUUACCAGAAUUAACUACAACUAUUUCUACAUGUCGGCUAGUGGGAAUUUGAUGACUGCUUCUAGCUCUGGAGGUGUUACUUCGAGAUUGGGGAAGACCUAGUUAGAAUCGUUUGAUCUUAAGGUGAAUAGUUCUGCACCUGCUUUAAUGUUGUACAGUGUUUUAGGGAGAAUAUUGCAUUUGCUUGGUCUGAGCUCACUGAAGUGGAAAAGUGUUUGAAUUUGUUGUUGACUUGUUGGGGGAUCAGGAACCUCUUAUGUGAAAAUUCCCUCAUGGUGAAUUUUGAAGUUGUGUCUAUCUCUCUUUUCAUAUGUAUUAAAUAUAUGAGACCCUUUAAAUACUUAUGAGGAGAGAUAUAGACAUAAUGUUUCACUUGACAUUAUCAUUCACUUGAGAGAAUCCAAAUCCAUUGUUGGGAGUGUUGCCAGUAACUGCAGAGCUGAUUCUAUUGCGGGUUGUGGAGUGCUAGUGAGAGCUGAUUCUAUUGCAGGUUGUGGAGUGCUAGUGAUUUUUUCUUGUACCUUCUGCAGUGAUAUUUGUGCGUAAUUGGGCUUCAUGAAUUAACUUAUAGAUGUAAGUGCUCGUUUGGCUUGGUGUAUAUUUAAUGUGUAAAAUUAUAGGUUCAUUUAUUUAGGGCUAACUAUCAUUUUUGUCCUUGUGUUUGUAAUGCGGUUUAAUUUCCGUCCCACGCCUGAAUUUUUUUGAUUAUUAUGCAAUGUUAUCGGAGCUCCAACCUCCCUCUUAUGGUAUUAUGAAAUCAAACCUUGGUAUGAUACACUUCGAAUAUAUUGACAUUCAUAUUCUUCA